AGGUGGGGCCAGGUGGGCCCGGCCCGCUCCGCUCCGCACCGCUCCUGCCGCCCCGCUGCCUCCCUCGCAGCGGCGCGGCCCGGAGCCGCUUGGCGGCCGUCCCUUCGCCAUGAAGAAGCACCACUCCGUGCAGGGCACCUUCAGCCGCCUCUUCGGCAAGAGGCACGGCGCCGCCGCCGCCACCACCUCGCUCUUCGCCACCAACCCGCCCUGGAUCUUCACCCAGGAGGUCACCUCGGACAGUGCGGGCGGCACCGGUGAUGUGAUCGAAGUGUAUUAUGGCGAUAAUCGCUUUGGGACGAUGACCGACUCUGGAACAGCAACACUCAAGCCUCGUCCGAGAGUCCGGCCGAUGCUGACUUUCUUGCCCCUCAAUGCCCAGGAAUCCCAUGGGGUGGCUGUGCCAACGCCGUCAGUGCCAGAAGACUUUGAAGAAAAAGCAGCUCUUGGCCCUGGCUCCCAGAUCAAUGGGAACUACCGAAUGUACAGUUCAGUGGGGGACCUGCGCCCGCAGGCUCUUGACGGGGAUGAGCUGGAUGAAGACAUCCCUCCGCCACCAUCAGUACCCCCACCACCCCCUCCAACAGCAUGGGCCCCCACGCCACCGCCUCCAGCCUCACCAGCCCUACAGCCGCCUGAAAUGCGGCCGCCUUCACCACCACUGCCACCACCUGAGACAGUGCCGCCACCUCCUGCCAUGGCACCUCCACCACCCCCAGCCUCCACCCUGUCCUCCCCUGGCACGCUGGCCCCUCCGGACUUCAUCCCGCCGGCCCCACCGCUCUCCAAGGCCCCUGUGCUCUUCACCAACGGCAUUUCCAAGUGGAAGUCUGAGACUGUGCUGAACACGAGGCAGGCGGAUGCCGAGGGACCACUCCACACCACUGAGGCGCAGGUGCCAGCUGCCCCCAGCCCGAAGGAGAGCCUGCAGCCCCCCAAGCAGUGCCCCGAGCCCCAUCUCACCUUCCCCAGGUCCUUCAAGGUGCCCCCUCCAGCCCCAGCCCGGUCCUCCUCCAUCCCCGUGCAGGAGAACCAGCCCGCCCAUCAGGAGCCCUUCACCAGGCAGCCCCAUGCCCGGCCUCCCCUCCCGCCAUGCUUUACCAUAAGACCUGCGGCCAAGGCUCACGUGGGAGAAGCCAAGGAAAGAAAUCCCCCGCUGAGACAGCCCAUCACCAAGCUGGCCGUGCCGGCCCCUCCACCGCUGAGCCCCAAGCCAGGUCCAGGGAUCGUUGGCCGGUCCCUGCUGCCCAGCUCAGAGUCAGAGAAGAGUCCCCAGCCAAAAACCACCAACAAAGACUCUCCUCUGAAACCCGAAGUUCUCACUGCAAAUGACCUGGAGCUGCCUCCUCCGGAUUACCCGACCUCUGAGGAUAGCUGGAAGGAUGCCGGCAACCUGAGCAGGCUGCAGCAUGAGCUCUCGGCCCUGCUGCACUCCCCCAGGAGGGAGGAGAGGCAGCCGGAGGUGCCAGCAGCUCCCCGGCCCGCAGACGGCAGCACCAACCAUGCUGGCAACCAUGUGCCUGGCCCCAACGGGCCCCAGCUCACCGGGCCUCCCAGGAAGGCUUCGCCAUUACCCACAGGAGGGGAGACUGAGAGGAAGGAGGGGCCUGGCAGCCCCCCCAGUGAGGCACAACCAGCUCCCGAGAGCAACCCGGCUGUGCAGACCCGCAGUGUGAUGAAAAUCAGGAACGAGCUGGAAGCGGUGUUCUCCCUGAAGAAAGAAAGAAAGCCUGCCCUGGGGCUCACUGGCCAGAAGCAGGGCCCCGAGAAUGGCAGCAGCACCCCACGUUUGCGGCCGAGCCCCUCUGACCCGGGUGAUGCAGUGCUGCCAAAACCAGCCCCGAGCCUGCUCCCAGCCCCAGUGGUGGCUGCUGCUGUUGCAGAGGAGACGACAAGGCAGGAGGAACAUCCCGUUCCUGUCACCCCUGCUGCUAACAAAGCCAUGGAGAGCUCGACCACUGCUCCCCAGUCCCCUGACAGCAGUGUGAGCGCCCCAGGCCCGCCUCAGAAGCCAGAGGAGGAGCCCCCUGCUCCCGCUGCCCCAUCGCCCCCCAUUUCCCCAGCACCGCAGCCUGGCGCUGUCAUCUUCCAGUACAAAGUGCACCGGGCCGGGGCUGGCUCGGCCGAGCCUCCCUGCCCCACAAACUCAUCCGGCAGCCCCCCAGGAGCCUUGGGCCCGGGGGAGGAGGAGGUGCUGAUCCACCCCGUGACGGGUGAGCGGGUGGAGCGGGGCUCCCCCAUGGCACUGCUGCUGGCGGCCCGGCAGCGUGCGCAGCGGGGCCGGCUGGGCAGCGAGGCGGGGGGCCCACCACGGGCAAAGCCACCCCCCAAACUCAGCAGUGCCGCGUCGGACACCACCUCCACCACCAGCUUCUACCGCCACGAGUCCAGGCCCUACUCCUUCACUGUGGUGCCCCGGCCUCUGUCAGGGACAGGACAGAGCAAGCUGCCAUCCUUCUCCAGCUCCUCGGAGCAGAGAUGGGUGGCGGGCGAGGGGCAGCCCCCCGGGCACCAGCGGGCCACUGCCUCCAGUCUGCUGCGGGGCCUCCUGGAGUCGGGUCAGCCGAAACGCCCCGAGCCCCCCAGCUCUGCCAUGUCCAGGGAGGACGAGGAGGAGGAGAAGAACGGGGAGAUGACGCUGGACUACGCCAUCAUCCCGCCACCCCCUGAGUUCAGCAACGAGGCAGAUGAGGCUGACAGGAUCCCCCAGAGCCAGGAGGGGAACCGCAAGUGCCCCAGCUUCCCCGACUGCAGCCGGGGCUCGGAGGCACCACGGUACUUCAGGUGGCCCGGCUACGGCCGUGGCUACAACUACGGGAACAGACAGGAGCCCUUGGAGCAGAGCAGGAGGAACAGCGACCUGACACCCCACUAUCCAGAUUACAGUGGCUCUGCUGGUUACUUCGGCCGUGGUCCAAACAGCCGCCCACUCAUCAAAAAGCGGCUCUACGUCUCUGAGCCUGAACGCUCCUACCCCAGAGCAGCUGCCCGGGGUGCGGGCGCGCUCUCAUCCUAUGGCCCUGGGGCAUACAGCUCCUCGGCUGGGGAGGGGGCCCGCCGCCUGGGCUCUGCCCACCGGAAUGGCCCCGCCAGCACGCAGGGCAGGCGGACAUCCAUCGAUUCGGCUGGGAAAGCCGGGCCGUACAGCAGUGCUGACACCAAGUACAAGGCGCAGAAUGGGGAUUUCUCGGCAGCCGGCAGACCUGCCCACGGCAGCUCACAGUACAGUGGACCCACCAACACCUUCACAGUCAGACCCGGGACACGGCAGCCUAUCUCCUAUGCCUACCAGAGUGGUCACCGAUAGGCUUGUCCAUGGGGCUGCUCUGCCACCUUUGUCCUUCAGCCGGGAAGAGAUGAAGAGGUGCCUCAGUGGCUCACCUUCUCCCUUGGCACCAGAAACAGUCCCAACCCAGCCAGCAAAUGCACUGCUUGAAACUACUGAGGGUGAAGGCGGAGAGCAAAUUUUGGACUUGAACUCUUCUCAAAAGACUGUCAUGGAGAGUAGUUACUACAGAGGACCAGCUGCUGUUCGUGAGCAAAUGUGUUUUUCCUUCUCUUCCCACUCCCCCAGUAUUAUUUUCAAAAUUGCAGCUUGAUUGAUAGGUCUUCUAAGAAAGUGAAAGAGCCUAAAGAGCCUUAGUUCUCUUUAAAGAGCAUCACCACUGGAGAGACUGUUUUCAGUUUUGUUUUUUUUAAUUGGUUUACAUGCAACAUGCUUGGGAGCGGGGAGAAAACAACCGGGAGAUAUACAUAAUGGAAGCAAGCUGGUGUGUAUCUAAAUCUAGGGGAAUUAAAAUAAGAACGUGAGGUCAAUUGGAUAGAAAUAGUUUAGGAUGACUAGAUCACCACCCCCCUCAAUAGCCUUAAGCAAAUCAAUUAUGCCGAUGCCUUAAAAACAGCUUGGUGCCUUAAAAACAGCUCGUGGCUCUCUGUGCCUAUCCCCAGGAGCUGGGGUCAGCAGCUUCACAAAGGUCUGAGCCCCCUUCCCCUGGGUGUGACCACAGGGGUCAGCAGCUUUGGGAGUGUGGGGCCUUGCUUUCCUGUUCCUUUUGGUCGCUGCAAGUGUUUCUGUUGCUAAUUAGUCAUCGUGGAAGGCUGAGAGGCCAGACUGGAUGGCUGUAAAGCACUCUGGCAAUACAAGACAUUCAGCAAUUCUUCUUUCCCUUUGUCAGAGGUGGUGGGUAUUAGUGACUCAACAGAAUGGUACUGAUGGGGCUUUCUUCCAGGAUUAUUUUGCCGCGUAAUACCCACUGUAAACCCCACCUCUAAAAGCUAAGCCACUUAGUUCUUAUAAACUGAGGCUUGGCUUUGUUUGAUUUAGGGGACUGAUAAGCUAAAUUUUGGUAGUUGUAAAGUAUUUGACACUCCUGGGUGUGAAAUGUCUCCAGUGACAUACCUGAGGGACCUGUCUCCAGCUAUUUCCAUUAGCACAUUGUGAACACUUGUCUGGGUGUUGAGUGUGUGUGCAAGCCUGUCUCUGCUCUGAUCCAGCGCGGAUCUGUCUGAAGGAGCUAGCGAUGGCCAUGCUGUGCCAUGGGAUAGAAUAGUCUGAAAGAGGGUAUCUUACGCUUUAGAGAGCAAUGCGCUCUCACUCUAACUGACCAAGUUUUGAAUAGCUAACCUCCGGAACUUAGGAACAAAUACAAUCUUCCUCAUAGGUAAACUUGCUGAAAAUCACUGUAAGAUAGGUGUAAAAAACUUGUAGAGAGUAUUUUCUAAUCACUGACAAACUAAAAGCACUUUGAGACAUUAGUCUACUUUUAUUGAAAGCACUUUCUAUUCUCAAUAUUAUACAGUAUCAUUAGUUCCACUCAAACUUAUCUUGCAUUGUGUUGCAAGCAGAUUUUGCUCUACAAUUUGACUCAAAACUCAGUGAUAUAUUUUCCCUCAGUGCAAUUUUCAAAACAGUUACCUUCAUUAAUGUCACGUUGUUGACAUUUGUUUUAUGUUAUUCCCAACUCUACCUAAUAAUUUAACAGCUGUUUCAAAUAUUGCAGAGGUUUCAAAGUAUUCUGAACUUUACUUUGCUGUGAACAAAAUGAGAACACAAAUACCAUAAUCAGCCUAAUAGCUAAUUCAUAGGAUGUUGUUAUGCCAGUAAGUCACAGUGACUAGGAGUAUUUCCAGACGUGUUCACCCCAGCUGGUACUGAAAUAACACAUUUUAAAUAACUGGAUGUUCAUUUAUGAAGAAAAGGAACUAUGGAGUAACUGUCUGGGUGUUUUAAGUGUACCAGUGUCAUGCAGAAUAGCCAUUUGCCCUCCUCCCCCCCUCCUGGUGAGGAAGUUUCCCAUGUGAGGAGCAUCUUGAGAAUUCUUAUUUAUCUAUGGAGGUAAAGCCGUGAUCAUGUUUGCAUAGCUUCAGGGCUGUGUUUUAGUAUCGGAUGGAAUUUCACCACUUUCACCUAAAACAAAGCUUCACUGAUAAUACUGCAACCUGAUCUAGAUUUUUGCACAAUAACAGUUACAACUGCAAAAUUAAUUCCUAAAAUUAGUUUAAAUGUAAACAGUUGUUGGGAAACUUUGGCCUAUGUUAAAUUCACACCAACACAGUCUCUGGACAAUCUUCCCCCUCUUACAAACUUUCCUAAAUCUGAACAUAGCCCCAGCAAAAGUUUUUCUCUUUUUUUUAUUUCUUUUUUUUUUUUCCAGAGCAAAAUGUGAAACUCCAGUGUUGGCACUUACUUUGAAUUUCGUGUUUACUAUUUCACCCACACAUGCAAUUCAUAAGUAGUUGUAAUACGUACGGGUGUUAUAUAGUGUGGAAUGUCUUGUUUCUGGUAGCUGUAUAUUUGUUUAUAUUAAAUAGUAGAAGCCUGAGAAUGUAAGUCAGUUUUAUGUAAUAGCCAUUAUUCAUUCAAAGAACACCCAUUCUGGGAAUGCAUGGUAGACUAAGCUGUAAUGAAAUCAGGUAGGACUGUUCACAGUUGUAAAACUGGUUAACCAGAAUGUUUGAAGCAGCGAAACUGUUCUAUUCUUUAGACACUUUGGGCUAUCCCUGCUGCUUUUGAAUGCAUUAGGAAAAUACUAGAAUUUCAGUAACAACUAGACAUGCCAAGGCCACUGGGAACUGUUCAUUUAACAAAGAAAUCACUGUCAGAGCUGUUGACAGCCAAAGAACUUACAAAAGUGUAAGAGUUAAACCUGUAAUGAAGAGCGAGGACUGUUUGCAGCUGCCAGAGUGGGGAACAGCUCCCUCUUGCUUGGCCAGGUGAUGUGUGCUGUACCAAGUACGAUUCCUGUUUCUCCUCCUUCUCCCCCAGCUCUUUCACGAUGAAAACUUAGAGGAGGAGGAAACCGAGGGGUAUUAACAGAGCAAAGCAACCUACCUUAUAGACCAGCCAUAGCACUAGAAGUUAUCUUGACACCUGACAAUGGAGUUCUUAACGCUUCAACUCUCUUCUGAGUUUGGUCAUUCAAGUCUUGAUACAACAUAAAUUAUCCCCUGCAGCUGUCUUCUCCUCAAAGUACCUGCUACAGUAGCAUAACUGAUAGCUUUACUUGUAAAGCAUUUGGUCUGAACAAAGUCUCUUAUUUAUGAGUGCCAUUGAAAACUAACCUUCUUGCAUUAAAUAUGUCUGGAUGUAUUGUUUUAUUACAUGCAGUCUGACUUUUUUUAGUAUUCUAUUGUCCACCUACUAUUGAGAUUUUUGCGUGUAGGCUUAACAGGACAGGAAGAAGUCUUAAGUUGGCCUCAGUAACAGUCUGAAUUUCACCCUUCCUAGGGCUUUGUCCAAUUCCUACUUAGCAGUUGAUACAAGACACUGGCAAUUUAAGUGUUUCCAGAAGCCUGAUCAAGGAAGGAACAGGCAGCUAGCCCUAGCUGCCCCUUCGCUUUGGAAACACCCCUCGCAUCCAGCUGGUUAGGCAGGCUGAGAGCUUUUACACUUCAACCUGUGCUUCUAUAAAUAGCAUUCUUGGUUUUGAACUUUUCAUUAGUAAUGCAACUUGCAUAUUUAUUUGCAAGUCCUAACUACAACGUUGUACUUAAAAUUGAAAAUGCAGUGUGAGUAAUGCAAGCAACAACAUAAAAGGCAGGCUUGUCUUCAUAGUGGCUUACUCUCUCCACUCCUCCAAAUUGUUUAUUUGCAUUCUCAUCUCUUUAAUCCAGGCCUGGCUACAGAACAAGGUUCUUCAUUAGGGAAGCGUGCAAUGUAUCUUGAAGCUUUUACUGUGGCCACAAUAUAUUAGUGUCCCUAAACCUGAACAGCGUGUAAAGUAGCCUGGGCAGUGUUAGCAUACCACAAAACCCAUAGAAUUCUCCAAUUCCUUUGCAGAUAGCUUAUAAGUCAACAAGCAUUGAUGUGGUGGUGUCAGUGUUUCUGCUGUGUUGCCUGCAUGCUGGUGUGACUAUUUAACAUGGCCUUGCUGGCUCCUCGUGAUUAUACCCUUGCUAAGCUAACACAACAUGUUAGUGACUGCUAGAUAACCUGUUGCUCUUCUGUGCUUCUCUUACCAUGGUGGAAAAGACAAGUGGUAAAAUGGGUAGAUGCUCUAAAGGAACGUGCAAACUUUUGACUACUGUCACGCUGGCAGCUGCUGCCCUCCCGUGGCAGAACACAAAGCUUCACCCAGAUUUGCAGGACACUGAAGCAUUUUGUAUGCUAUCGCUCUGACAAAGUCUUUAAGCGGUUGUACCAGAACAGGAUUAAUGUAUCAGUAAUAACCUUUUGUCCAUAUGGUUUUCACCUUCCACCACUAUGCUUAUUUUUGCCAUGGACAGUAGUGGUGUACUCACAGCAUCACAAUUCGAGGAACGUACGUGGUUUAACACUUGAUAUUGGGAACUUGUUUCUUUUAGCUGUACACAAUGGAAACACUACUUGCAUUAAAUAGCAACGUGGUGCAUGUUUAUUUAAGAAUGGUUGCAACUUCAGGGCUGAAAUCACUUCAGCUGUAUCAAUGAUCUCAGCUAGCUAUUUAAUAUUAUGGAAGUGGCCCAGUGAAACUUAUAGCCAGUUAUUAAUGAACACUAUGAUUUAUUUUAAAACUCUUCCAUUGUUCUCAAAGACACCUUUUUCACAACCAGCACAAGACCUGUUUCAGUUUUUAAUACACAAUCAGAGAUCUGUAACAGGUGUAACUUUUUCUUGUUAACUUUGCUUAGCUUGUUUAAGGAGUAGUUUUGAGGGAACUUGUCAGUUUUUAUAAUCAUUUAUCUUUUCCUUACAAUACACUGCUCUAGAUCAGAAAGUUUGCUCUGUAAACAGUUAUGACAGUGGAAUUCAAAAAGGAGCAAAGUAAGCUUAAAAAGGAGAAAAAGUACAGAGACUGAGAAAGCUUAUUUGGCUUAAAAGUUAAUGAUGGGUUCUGCAUGAUUUGGAUCAACAAAAAUAAAGGUUUAUAUGGAGAGAUGAGCCCAUUUACAGUUUAGUGUCACUAUCAUUCUAAAGUAGCAUUAUUGUAACAGUAUUUUUUAUUUCAUUAGCCAAGACCCACUUUUGUCUGUCUAGCAAGUAUUAGUCUGGAGCAAGCCACAGCUAGAACAGUAGCAAUGUGUGUAGAGCAAAGCGAUUUAUUUUCAGUUAAAUAUGUUCCAGGGAAACAGUUUAGUUUGGAAGAUGUUAUAUUACAAAAAAAAAAAAAAAACAAAACCUCUAACGUUUAUGUGGAGUCCAUCUCAGGGGAUUACAGGAAUGUUUGAACCUCUCAAGUCUCCAGC